AGUCCAUGAAGGGCGAAAUUGUCACCCAACUGGUGAUACGGUGGUAUGCGUAUUAGCAAUCGCUAUUAAAUCGAAUGGACGGAUGAAGGACGAUGGAUAAACGGCCGGUCGGCAUCACGCGGCGUGGCGCGCGACCGAGAAAUACGUCACUCACUUGGCGCUUACGCCAAGCUCGAGAUAAUAAAGCGACGUAUCGAAAAAUCCGCGAAAAUUCAAGGCGAGUGUCGCCCGCGUAGCGGGAUUUUCGUCGGUGGGUCCGACCGACCGGUCGCUCACUGCUAGAGGAUUCGUCGCCGUGGAAGGACGAAGGCACGCGAGUCACGCGGCCAACAGGUUAGGACCGCACCCACUCGCACCGACUCCGAUUUCAAGUUCUACUUCGACUCCUCUUGGCCCGUUGUCACGAGCCUUGGCCUUGUGUCGAGAUUGUACUGUGGGACCAGUGGGGCCUUCGCGAAGGUUCGAUAGGGGACCGCCAUGGCUCGAGCGAGCCCUACUUUACGUCCCUUCGACGAAAUUCCAGGACCAAGGGCUCUGCCGCUCAUCGGGACACUUUACAAGUAUCUGCCGUUCAUCGGCGAGUACGACUUUAAGAAAAUGCACAAAAACGGAGCGGCGAAGUACGCCAAGUACGGGCCACUGGUGCGCGAGGAGAUCGUCGUGGGCGAGCCGAUCGUCUGGGUAUUCCGACCCGAGGACAUCGCCGAGGUCUUCAAAGCCGACACCGGCCAUUAUCCUGAGCGACGAAGUCAUCGGGCGCUAUUCAAGUACCGCAAGGACCGAAGUAAUCUGUACAACACCGGCGGACUCUUACCCACAAAUGGGUUUGAUUGGUGGCGACUCAGAAAGGAAUUCCAAAAAACAUUGAGUAAAUCACAGAAUUUGGUUGGCUACCUGCCCGAUACCGACCACGCGAUAACAAAAUUUACAAAAAUAUGUGAACAAAAUAAGACAACCGACGCACUACCUUUAUUAUCCCGCCUAUUUCUGGAAUUAACGUGUCUAGUUGCUUUUGAUCUCAAAAUAAAUACUUUUUCGGAACACGAGAUACGAGGGAAUUCAAUGAGCUCGAAAUUAAUAGACGCCGCAUUUACCACAAAUAGUGCGAUAUUACGACUAGACAAUGGACCGCGACUUUGGCGAUUUUUCGAUACGCCAUUAUACCGAAAAUUGUCCAAAGCUCAAUCGUACAUGGAAAAAAUCGCCAUACAAAUGAUUUCAGAAAAAAUGAAAAAAUUGCAAAAGUCAGAUCAGCUCGAUAAGAAGUCUUUAUUACAAUCGUAUUUGUGCAAUCCUUAUCUCGACUAUAAGGACAUCGUUGGCAUGGCUUGCGACAUGCUACUCGCCGGAAUCGAUACCACGACGUACAGCUCAGCCUUUGCGCUUUAUCAUUUGGCGAGGAAUCCAGAGGCACAGAAGAAAGUUCAAGCGGAAGCGAUGAGAUUGAUUAAGCAGGAGGACACUCUCGUGACUGAAAGCAUCUUGAAAGAGGCUGUUUACACGAAAGCUGUUAUUAAAGAGACCUUUAGACUAAAUCCAAUUUCAAUCGGAGUUGGACGAAUAUUGCAAAUGGACGUUGCACUCAAUGGAUUUCACGUUCAAAAAGGCACAAAUGUCGUAACUCAGAAUCAAAUUUCCUGCCGACUGCCCGAGUACUUCGAUAAUCCAGACAGUUUCAUACCUGAACGAUGGACAAGGAAGAUUGGACAAAACGAGAAAUCCGGCAUUCAUCCUUACCUCGUCCUUCCAUUCGGCCAUGGGCCCCGAUCUUGUAUCGCGCGUCGUUUGGCCGAGCAAAAUAUGCAAAUUUUGUUGCUGAGGAUAUGUCGACGAUUAAAAUUUGAUUGGACCGGCGGCGAACUCGACGUCGAGUCUGUCCUCAUCAACAAGCCCAAUGCUCCGAUUAAUUUAACAUUCCAUCCUCAUCGUACUUGAGCACUCCAGCAUUCCAAUAUUAUUAAAAUAUCUUUACAAAAUAAAUAAAUACAAA